GUGGUCUAGGUGAAAUCUCAUGGGCAAUAUCACCUGGAUGACCAGCUACACUGCAAAAUCAGAUUUCACCCUGGUGGGAAUCUUCAGUCAAUCACAACACCCUGCUCUCCUUUGUGUGGUCAUUUUUGUGGUUUUCCUGAUGGCUUUGUCUGGAAAUAUCUUUCUGAUCUUUUUGAUAUAUUCUGAUGCUCACCUCCACACCCCCAUGUACUUUUUCAUCAGUCAGUUGUCUUUCAUGGACAUGAUGUACAUUUCUGUUACUGUGCCGAAGAUGCUCAUGGACCAGAUCACAGGUGUGAAUAAGAUCUCCGUCCCUGAAUGUGGGAUUCAGAUGUUCCUCUAUGUGACACUAGCAGGUUCAGAAUUUUUCCUUCUAGCCUCUAUGGCCUAUGAUCGCUACAUGGCCAUUUGCCAUCCUCUCCAUUACCCUGUCCUCAUGAACCACAAGGUGUGUCUCUUCCUGGCAUCUGGCUGCUGGUUUCUGGGCUCAGUGGAUGGCUUCUUGUUUACUCCCAUCACCAUGACCUUCCCCUUCUGCAGAUCCCGGGAGAUCCAUCAUUUCUUCUGUGAAGUUCCUGCUAUAUUAAAGCUUUCCUGCUCAGACACCUCCCUCUAUGAGAUUUUCAUGUACCUGUGUUGUGUCCUCAUGCUCCUCGUUCCUGUGACAAUCAUUUCAGGCUCUUAUUACUUUAUUCUCCUCACCAUUCACAGGAUGAACUCAGCAGAGGGUCGGAAGAAGGCAUUUGCGACUUGUUCCUCCCACAUGACUGUGGUCCUCCUCUUUUAUGGGGCUGCCAUAUACACAUAUAUGCUUCCCAACUCCUACCACACCUCUGAGAAGGACAUGAUGGUAUCUGUCUUCUACACCAUACUCACUCCUGUACUAAACCCUUUAAUCUAUAGUCUAAGGAAUAAGGAUGUUAUAGGGGCUCUGAAGAAAAUGUUGAACGUGGGAAUUGUUUUUCAAUAAAUUAUAAAGUAAGAAACUUUGUAUUAAUGUGUUUUACCUUCU